AUGAUCCGCUUCUUUCUGCUUCAAAAUCGUCAAGGCAAGACGCGACUGUCCAAGUAUUACGUACCACCACCGGAAGAUCAAGAGAAAGCGCGAUUAGAGACGGAGAUUCAUCGCCUUGUUGUAGCUCGUGAUGCAAAACAUACGAACUUUAUUGAGUUUCGUAACUAUAAACUCAUUUAUCGUCGCUAUGCUGGUCUCUUUUUUAUUCUGGGUGUAGACCUGUCGGCUAAUGAAUUGUUGGGUCUUGAAACAAUUCAUCUUUUUGUUGAAUUAUUGGAUCAACAGUUUGCUAAUGUUUGCGAACUUGAUAUUGUUUUCAAUUUUAACAAAGUUUACUCCAUGUUGGAUGAAUUUGUUUUGGGGGGUGAAGUACAAGAAACAUCGAAACGCGAGAUGCUUGAUCGUAUUCGUGAACUAGAAAAGCUCGAGUAG